AUGGAACUCACCCCUAUGCCUAUCGAAACUGUGGAACAAGAGCAUCUGCGAUUCCCGCCAAAUUUCGAGCAUUUUGCGGUUUUGCCAACAAAUAUAAAUUUGCGAAAUGGUUGCAACGCCGGAAAAAGGGGAGGUGGCCCCGCCGGAGAAGGCGGUUUCGCCGGUGAACCAGGAGAAGCAACCGGAGCAGCAGGCGCCGGUCAAUCGGGAUGAGGAGCAGUACCUGAACCUGGUGAGGGACAUCAUCGCGAAUGGAGAGCAGCGGAUGGAUCGCACCGCGGUGGGCACGCUGUCCCUGUUCGGCGCCCAGAUGCGCUUCAACAUGCGCGACUCCUUUCCCCUGCUGACCACCAAGCGCGUCUUCUUCCGCGGCGUGGCCGAGGAGCUGAUCUGGUUCGUGGCCGGCAAGACGGACGCCAAGCUGCUGCAGGCCAAGAACGUGCACAUCUGGGACGAGAACAGCACCAGGGAGUUCCUGGACAAACUGGGGCACACGGAGCGCGCCGUCGGCGACCUGGGCCCGGUUUACGGCUUCCAGUGGCGUCACUUUGGGGCCGAGUACGGCACCUGCGACGACGAUUACAGCGGCAAGGGCAUCGACCAGUUGCGCCAGGUGAUCGACACGAUCAAGAAGAAUCCCUCGGACAGGCGCAUCAUCAUGUCGGCCUGGAAUCCCCUCGACAUACCAAAGAUGGCCCUUCCGCCGUGCCACUGCCUGGCCCAGUUCUAUGUCUCGCAGGCGCGCGGUGAGCUCUCCUGCCAGCUGUACCAAAGGAGCGCCGACAUGGGCCUGGGCGUGCCCUUCAACAUCGCCUCCUACGCCCUGCUCACCCACAUGAUCGCCCAUGUGACGGGCCUGAAGCCCGGCGACUUUGUGCACACCAUGGGCGACACGCACGUCUAUCUGAACCACGUGGAGCCGCUAAGGGAGCAGCUGGAGCGCACGCCGCGGCCCUUCCCCAAGCUGGUGAUCAAGCGCCAGGUGCAGGACAUCGAGGACUUCCGCUACGAGGACUUUGAGAUAGUCGGUUACAAUCCGUACCCGAAGAUCAAGAUGGAUAUGGCCGUCUAAGCGGCUCCCGAACUCGAGGAGAAAGUGAUGUCCCAAAUAUUUUUAUACUUUCGCUAUCUUUAGCUACUCUAGCAACGCCACUUGCCUUCGAUCUGGUAUCAUCAGAAUGAAGUCUGUUAAAUUCAAAAACGUUUGGUAGGCGAACUGAAAAACUGAAAGUCAAAACUAAUCAACAUAGAAUGUUUCCUUGAUGGGCCAGCCCCUUACAAAGAAUAAAUAAAGAAUUUCCUUAUAAACACAUUUUUAAACACAUCAUUUCAUAGCUUUAUUUGAAUAAAUUGUUGCUUUCAUUCAUCGUG